AUGAAGAAUACCUGGCUGUGGCUAGCCACCCUUGGCGGCCCAGCGCUGGGUGGGUUGACUUUGCAUCAAAGAGAUGUCCCGGCCGUGGUCGACCUGGGCAUCAAGCGCAACGAGAUCGUGAACCCAGUGGCCCGAGACCGACUAAGAAGAAUGAAGCGCAGCCAGACGGUGAACCAGGCUCUCGACAACGAGGAAACACUUUACUACUCCAAUGUGACAUUGGGAACACCGGAGCAGAAGUUGCGCUUGGUCCUGGACACAGGUAGUAGUGACCUGUGGGUCAACGCCCCCAAUUCGACUCUCUGUGAAGAUCGAAGCGACCCCUGCAGCACCUCAGGUACCUACGACUCGAGCUCAUCAUCGACCUACGCCUUUGUGAACUCGGAUUUCAACAUUACAUAUGCGGAUGGCUCUGGGGCGGUCGGUGACUACGCCCGUGACACCGUGACCAUCGGGUCUGCGACCCUGAAGGCUCUCCAGUUCGGCAUUGGCUUUACGUCCGCCUCUCAAGAUGGUGUACUGGGAAUUGGAUAUCCAUCCAACGAAGUUCAAGUGGGUCGGAAUGGGGACAGCGCCUAUGCCAAUCUGCCCAAGGCCAUGGUCCAGAAAGGGUUGAUUAAAUCGAACGCCUACAGUCUGUGGUUGAACGACCUGGAUGCGAACACCGGCUCAAUUCUGUUCGGCGGAGUGAACACCAAGAAGUACCACGGCACCCUGGAGACCCUGCCCAUCCAGAAAGCCGGUGGCGGCUACUCCGAAUUCGUCAUCGCACUCACUGCAGUGGCUCUCACCGCAUCGUCCCACACCACCAACUACUCGUCCAGCUCGCUGCCUGCGGCCGUUCUGCUCGACUCGGGCAGCUCCCUAACAUAUCUCCCCGAUGAGAUUGUGGAGAAAAUCUUCGAGGAUCUGGACGUUGACUAUGACUCAUCCAGCGGAGUUGGCUACUUGCCCUGCAGCAUGGCGGAGCAGAAGGUGAACAUCUCCUACACCUUCUCAUCCCCAACCAUCAACGUUGGCAUCAGCGAACUGCUUCUCGACGUGGGUGACUACUAUUUCCACAACGGCAAGCGCGCAUGCGCCUUCGGCAUCGUCCCGGCCGGCGAUAGCAUGUCCGUCCUGGGCGACACGUUCCUCCGCAGUGCGUAUGUGGUGUACGAUCUUGCCAAUAACGAGAUCUCCCUCGCCAACACACGCUUCAACUCGACGGACAACCACAUCUUGGAAAUCGGCACUGGUGAUGACUCGGUCCCCGGGGCGACUGCUGUGGCCAACCCAGUGACGACCGUGGCCGUGGUGGGCUCUGGCGCGCGCAUUGGCGGUCCUAGCGGAGGCACCGACAUUUUCUUCUCCGCGUCGGCGACGAAGAACGCUGCUGUGCCGCGCGCCACCAGCAUGUCUAAGCAACUGGCUCUGGGCCUGACUGGUGCCGGAGCCUUGCUUGCGCUCUAA